CUCGUGUGCGCCUUCUGGAUCCCGGACUCGCGCGGGAUGCCCCACGUCAUCCGGAUCGGAGGAAUCUUCGAGUAUGCCGACGGCCCCAACGCCCAGGUCAUGAACGCCGAGGAGCACGCCUUUCGAUUUUCUGCCAACAUCAUCAACAGGAACAGGACUCUGCUGCCCAACACGACCUUGACCUAUGAUAUCCAGAGGAUUCACUUCCACGACAGCUUCGAGGCCACUAAGAAGGCCUGUGACCAGCUGGCCCUGGGCGUGGUGGCCAUCUUCGGGCCCUCGCAGGGCUCCUGCACCAACGCCGUCCAGUCCAUCUGCAACGCCCUGGAGGUACCCCACAUCCAGCUGCGCUGGAAGCACCACCCACUGGACAACAAGGACACCUUCUACGUGAACCUCUACCCUGACUACGCCUCCCUCAGCCACGCCAUCCUCGACCUGGUGCAGUACCUGAAGUGGCGGUCGGCCACCGUGGUCUAUGACGACAGCACAGGGCUCAUCCGGCUGCAGGAGCUCAUCAUGGCCCCAUCGAGAUACAACAUCCGCCUGAAGAUCCGCCAGCUGCCCAUCGACUCCGACGACUCCCGGCCGCUGCUCAAGGAGAUGAAGCGUGGCCGGGAGUUCCGUAUCAUCUUCGACUGCAGCCACGCCAUGGCAGCCCAGAUCCUCAAGCAGGCCAUGGCCAUGGGCAUGAUGACCGAAUACUACCACUUCAUCUUCACCACCCUGGACCUGUACGCGUUAGACCUGGAGCCCUACCGCUACUCAGGGGUGAACCUGACGGGCUUCCGCAUCCUCAACGUGGACAACCCGCAUGUGUCGGCCAUUGUGGAGAAGUGGUCCAUGGAGCGGCUGCAGGCGGCUCCCCGGGCCGAGUCCGGCCUGCUGGACGGAGUGAUGAUGACCGACGCGGCCUUACUGUACGACGCUGUGCACAUCGUGUCUGUGUGCUACCAGCGGGCGCCCCAGAUGACCGUGAACUCCCUGCAGUGCCACCGGCACAAGGCCUGGCGCUUCGGCGGCCGCUUCAUGAACUUCAUCAAGGAGGCUCAAUGGGAAGGAUUAACUGGACGGAUUGUUUUCAACAAAACCAGUGGCUUGCGGACAGAUUUCGAUCUGGACAUCAUCAGCCUGAAGGAGGACGGCCUGGAGAAGGUUGGAGUGUGGAGUCCCGCUGAUGGGCUCAACAUCACAGAGGUUGCCAAAGGCCGAGGCCCCAACGUCACCGACUCGCUGACGAACAGGUCACUCAUCGUCACCACAGUGCUGGAGGAGCCCUUUGUCAUGUUCCGGAAGUCCGACAGGACCCUGUACGGGAACGACCGGUUCGAGGGCUACUGCAUCGACCUGCUCAAGGAACUGGCCCACAUCCUGGGCUUCUCCUACGAGAUCCGGCUGGUGGAAGACGGCAAGUACGGGGCGCAGGAUGACAAGGGCCAGUGGAACGGCCUCGUGAAGGAGCUCAUCGACCACAAGGCAGACCUGGCCGUGGCACCCCUGACCAUCACGCAUGUCCGCGAGAAGGCCAUCGAUUUCUCCAAGCCCUUCAUGACGCUCGGCGUGAGCAUCCUGUACCGCAAGCCCAAUGGCACCAACCCCAGUGUCUUCUCCUUCCUCAACCCUCUGUCCCCCGACAUCUGGAUGUAUGUGCUCCUGGCCUACCUGGGUGUCAGCUGUGUCCUCUUUGUCAUCGCCAGGUUCAGCCCCUACGAGUGGUACGACGCCCACCCCUGCAACCCCGGCUCUGAGGUGGUGGAAAAUAACUUCACUCUGCUCAACAGCUUCUGGUUCGGCAUGGGGAGCCUGAUGCAGCAAGGGUCUGAGCUGAUGCCCAAAGCUCUGUCCACGCGCAUCAUCGGCGGCAUCUGGUGGUUCUUCACGCUCAUCAUCAUCUCCUCCUACACGGCCAACCUGGCCGCCUUCCUGACUGUCGAGCGCAUGGAAUCGCCCAUCGACUCCGCCGACGACCUGGCCAAGCAAACCAAAAUCGAGUAUGGGGCUGUCAAGGACGGAGCCACCAUGACCUUCUUCAAGAAAUCCAAGAUCUCCACCUUCGAGAAGAUGUGGGCCUUCAUGAGCAGCAAGCCCUCGGCGCUGGUGAAGAACAACGAGGAGGGCAUCCAGAGGACGCUGACGGCGGACUACGCGCUGCUCAUGGAGUCCACGACCAUCGAGUACGUCACCCAGAGGAACUGCAACCUCACCCAGAUCGGGGGCCUCAUCGACUCCAAGGGCUACGGCAUCGGCACGCCCAUGGGCUCCCCGUACCGGGACAAGAUCACCAUCGCCAUCCUGCAGCUGCAGGAGGAGGACAAGCUGCACAUCAUGAAGGAGAAGUGGUGGCGAGGCAGCGGCUGCCCUGAGGAGGAGAACAAGGAGGCCAGCGCCCUGGGCAUUCAGAAGAUCGGGGGCAUCUUCAUCGUCCUGGCUGCGGGGCUGGUGCUGUCCGUGCUGGUGGCCGUGGGCGAGUUCGUGUACAAGCUCCGCAAGACGGCGGAACGAGAGCAGCGCUCCUUCUGCAGCACUGUGGCCGACGAGAUCCGUUUCUCCCUCACCUGCCAGCGCCGGGUCAAGCACAAGCCACAGCCCCCCAUGAUGGUCAAGACGGACGCCGUCAUCAACAUGCACACGUUCAACGACCGCCGGCUCCCGGGCAAGGACAGCGUGGCCUGCAGCACACCGUUAGCCCCUGUGUUCCCCUAGGUCACGGGAGGUGGGCAGUGCAGGCCUGGAGCCAGCAGGGGAAGUGGAAAUGGGAAGAAGGGCCCCUAGCCCCAUGCUGGGCUUGGGGACCAGAGCUGCUGCCUGCCUGCUGGGCCAGGAGCCCUCUGCCCUUACCUGCCAGCAGACCAGCAGGCCUCGGGCCCACUGCUCGGCUUCAUCCUUCUCCUGUCUCUUCCAUGGGUCUCCAAAGCUGCCGGCCGCGAUACCAAGCCCAAAGGAAGCACAGGCCUCUCUCGGGCCACACUCACCGCCCCUCAGCUCUCCUCUAGAGUUGAACAUCUCUGUCGUGGCCCUGCAGAGGCCACAGGCGAUGGGAGACAGCUCUUCCAUUGCUGUUCCCUCUCCAGGAGCCCCAGUCUCUGAGGGCCGACUGCGAGGUCAGACACAGCCCUCGGCGCCUUAAGGAUGUUCUAGGGUGACUGUCGACAGGAGCUAAAGAUUAGGGCUGGCCGUCCCAUAUGCCUGGGCAGAAGGAAGACUGUCCACCAGGGUCUGUUCUUGUGGUCCUGGUCUUCUGGACACACAUCACCCAUGGCAACCCCUGUCUUGGCCAGGUUAAAAGGGUGUGGGGUGUGGGUGAGAAGAGAAUGCAAGAAUAGAGGCAGCCAUCGGGGUUCUUAUGUACAAUGUCCCAGGGUCUCCCUCUCCUCUUGGAGGUCUCUAGGAAUGUGUGAGGGGGUGAUCACAGCAGGUCUUUCUCCACUUUAUGGCCAGAGGAGAGAGGACACCCUGACUCUCUCAUGGAGGAUGCCUAGAGAUUCAGCUGAUACCUGAAGCUCAGCAGAGGAACAGUGGAUUCCAGAGAAAUCCCACAGCCCUUGUGCUUUCGCUGGUCAGCAGUGACUCUCAGAACCCUGCUGGCGUGUGGGAACCUGGGCCAUCUACCAUCUGCUUAUCAGCGACUCCCCGUGUAUCUGGCAAUUGGCCUAGUCUCCCGAGUCAUCUCAGAAGGAGAAGAAUAGCCUGGGUUGAAGCGAAAGUCAAGUCACCCCUUCCCAAAAGAAGGGUCGGCGUCCCUCUGCACAGGCUAACUUGGGGAGGUAGGGGAAGCCAGAGGGGACCCAGAGAACUGGACUCCUGGACUUGCCAAACGUAGACGUUGCUCCAGAAAAUGAGAGCUUCAACAUCACCGGCGGAGGCUCCAAGGGUGGGAGGAAGAAGCUGCCUCCUGGAGAAUUAACCAAAGACCCCACACAGACCAAGGCCAUUCUCCUGUCCAGAGCAGCUGUGACCUUGUGGGGCCUGGGGAAGGCAGCAGAGAGGGUAGUGGUCAGCGUGCACAGGGAGGGUAGACCAGAAGACUGUGGGUUCCAGCUCACUCUGAUGGAUGCUCUAGUGGCCUGUGACUUUAAGAUUCUUAGACAAGAAUGAAGAGUUAGGCACAAAGUGUCCUUAAUGAGAGCGUGAUGGGCCAGCAGACUUCCUGUGACCGCAGACAAGGGGCAGUCUUUAAGCAGGGCUAGGAGGACAAGAGCUCCUGGACAGGGAGCUGGGGGCUCCCUCCACUCCCACCUCUGUCCUGCCACUGCUCGGGCAGCCCAGUCAGGGGAGAGCUGCAUUUGGCUCUCUAGGCCUUCUAGGCUGGGGCGAAGAGUAAUCUCUAGCAGAAGGGGGAGGCCCCAGUGGGCUCCUGUGAUCACACUGCCCUCCCCCACACAGCGGGCUGCAGGCCCAGAGCAGCUGGUCUCCACAUCACAGCAGCUCUGCCUGGCCUUGUAUGCAGUGGAGGCCGAGGAGGGUCUGACGUCCGCAGAGCCCAGUGCAGUAAGGGUAGGAAAAGCCAUGCCGCCGUGAGCUCCAGGUACACGGCGUGCGUGUAUUUGUCUCUGCAUGUGUGAGCUUCCGGGGCUGGGGCGGGAGACAGAUCUGGACAUAUGACAAAGUCCAGGGCAUGCAAUAAGAGGUGAAUUCUUUAGGAUCUGAUGUGUGUGUGUGUGUGUGUGUGUGUGUG